AAAAAGUUGUGUUCCAUCAAAAAUAUAGCGGAUUUGCUUUUGACUAUCAGUGGCCGAUGGUUUCAGAUUGCUAGGAUGUUUGAAAUCAACUUGAAGCUUAAAUUUCGGUUAUACUUACAUACAUAUUUUCAACGUGGGAAACUCGGCAACAUCGGAUAUGCCCAACUAGCACACCAGGGAGCUGACAUGGAGAGGAGCCAACGAAUGUGAAUGGAAAAAUAAAAAGUUGCAAAAGCUGCAUUAGCGAAAUUUAUUUCACAUCCAUUAAAAUGGCCAAAAUAAAUGAAUAAAGAAACAAGAAGCAAAGCCAAAAUAUAACGAAAAUAACACAUACACACAAAAUAUUAUAUCUUCAUGUAUGUACAUAUGUAUGGAUAUGUAUACAUACUGAAGACUAUGGGGUAAUAUAACGCAAACCACUGUACUCGAAAAAUAACAGGGAGUAUACGCACAUGUAUACUUACAUAUAUGCUACGUACGUACAUAAAUAUCCCCUGAUAUGAUGGAAGAAAAAGACAUUGUUGGAGAAGAAUCAACAUAGUGGCAGAGCGAAGGAAAUAAAAACUGAAAACUCAUCCUGCGCCGGCAGCGACAGCGGCGUUGGCAGCGACCGCGGCUACGGCUACACAAUCAAACACAAAACCAAGAAAGAGAAUUUUAUUAACGAAGGAGAUUGCGAAGGGGCAGGCGAGCACAAAGUUUCAUGCUUACACAUGCGUAUACACAAAUAUUUGUACCUGAGCUUGUUAAUGAGCGUAUAUGCCUCAAUAAGUCGGGUCGAAAGAGAACAGCAGCGCUGAUAAAUCCUUGGCUGCGCAUGAUAAAGUAAAGUAAAGUAAAGUAAAAGACACGAAGUAAAGGAGAUGCAGAAUGCAAAAACUACUCAAACAAAAUGUAUAAACACGCUUGAAUGGCAACACCAGAAGUGGUCUUUGGUCGGUCUAUCGCAGAACUCAAAAAGAAUGCAGAGAAAGGAAUGUUCGUUGUGGUGAACUGUGGUGUAAACCAAAGAAUUUUUCUUUCGAACUCUGUAAAUAUGUUACAAAAUGUGUGUGAUGUCCGUCCAACUGCUGUGAGAACACAAAAAAGACUAUUUUCCAGUUUAUUGGUUGGUUAUGUGAAAUCAAAACUUAGUACUCACAUAGGAUAAAAAUAUUUUCAACAAAUUUGUAAAUAUGCGGGUAUAUUUUUAAUGUUUUAUGUUAUUUUAUGUUGUAUUGUGCGCAAUCGAACAAGGGCACGUUCGACCUAUUUGUUGGAUGUUCGAUGUCGUUCAGUCUUGUAUUUUGAAGUUCUCUCGUUCGCUCUGGUCUCGUGAGUGAGCGAGCGUGUGAGCAAUGUAGAAGAAGAAGAAGCAACAUAGAAGAUGUGGAAUAAAAUUUUUUAGCAAGUUUCUUCGUCGGCGGUGCGUUUUGUGAUCCGGAUGAAGAAAUUGCGAAAAUUUCGUAAAAAUUGCAGAAUUUAUUGUAAAAAGCAGCCACAGCAAGCAUCAAGAUCUGGUCAGUUUGAAAAAGUGCAUAGCUUCUUAUAAGGUGUGGUUAAAAGUUUGCAGUUUGAGUAAACAAAUUAUAAGUGUUAAAAAUACAAAAUUUCUUAUAAUAUGGCAAUGAUGUUGUACAAAAAUUAAUUUUAGAAUUGUGCAAGUUACCAGCAAUUGGGGGCUUCGGGGCAGAGGCUUUGGCGCAUGCGUGUCCGAUAUUCGUGAGUGUAUACAGCGGUCUGUACUGCGCAGGUAGAAGAGUGUUCCGUCGCUCCGAUAUAGUUUAAUCGCGUCGUUUCCGUUCUAAUCAACUUGAUAUAGUUUAUUCAGGUUGUUACGACGUUUGAGUCCUUUAAUAAGCGCCGUGGAAUUGCCUUGGUCCCCAUAAAAAAAUCGUUUGUGUUUGUGUGUGAUUGUUGAUUUUGAAAUCCAUAACGAGCUAUUUUAGUGAGUGCCAUCGAAUUCAUACAUUUCCCGCUAUCGCCGUAAUGAGGUGUGCCUUUGUUUGCGGCAGCACAAGCAGCAGCAGCACCGAAACCGGCAGCAGCAGAAGUAGCGGGAGCAGAAGUUCGGCAUGAAAUGGAAGCGGCCAUACGCUCAUCAGUGCAGGUUGGUGGUCCACCACCCACAUCAGGUGGUCAACAGCAACAGCACCACCACCAACAACAGCAGCAGCAGCCGCAGCAACGUGGCGGUAAUCCCCAGCAACAAUUGCACUUGCAUGAUAAUGGACCAUCGCCACAACAACAACAGCAUCAGCAGCAGCAGCAGUAUCAUCAACAACUUAGCAAUCUACCCACACACCAUCAUCAACAUCACCAACUACCGCAAGCGCAGCAAUCAGCUGCACAGCAACAACAACAAAAUAGCAAUAACGGUAGUAACAGUACACAACAGCAGCAUCAACAACAGGCUAAUAUGUCAGCUUAUCAACAGCGCAUGGCGUCUGGUCCGUCGCAGAUUCACAGGCCAAUCGAUGGGUCGCAGUCGUACACGAAGGGCGGCGGCGCACUUGGUCAGCAAUCUACUCACUCGGCCGCAACAGCAGCUGCAGUCGCUGCCGCCGCCCAGCAACAACUACAUCAGCAAAUGCAUCAAAUGCAUCAGCAACAUCAGCAACAGCAGCAUCAGCAACAGCAACAGCAACAGCAGCAGCAACAGCAACAGCAGCAGCAAGCUGCUCAGCAGCACCAGCAGCAGCAAGCCGCUCAACAACAACAGCAGCAGCAUCAUCUCCACCAUCAUCAGCAGCAACAGCAACAGCAGACCGCCCGUUCUGCAGCUAGUCCUCUGUCACCACCACGACCCGGUCCAGGCUCAGCGGCCGCCGCCAACACGUACGCCAAGUUUGCGGAACUCGGUGCAGUGCGGGAAGCGCCGCAUCCCUACAUUCAGCAAACUUCGUACGGCAUUGGUCCACCAGGCGCUCAAUAUCGUGACAACCCCUACACGCGAAUACCUCAGAUGGCACCCGAUUUUCAACGAGCAGCAGCAGUUGCCGCAGCGGGUGGCGGCGCGCAAGUGCCCACCAGCGUUGUGCAAGUACCGGGAGGUGGACUACAGCCACCACCACCUAGUGUUGGCAGUGGAUCCCACCUUGAAGCUUUACAUUUCGCGCACCAACAGCCAUCUUCAGGACAACAAGCGGUCAAUGCAGCGCAUGUGCUCAGCGGUGCGAACGUUGGAGGCGGAGGCGGUAGUGCAGCAUCGCCUCUAAAUGCAAACAACGCAGCAGGCAAUGCUAACUUAAUACGCCAGCGAAUAAUACUGCCAGCGCAUCACUAUUCCAGUGAAUAUCUGGCGAACGCUAAUGCUGUAGCGGCAGCGAAUGCGCGCAGCCAGCAGCAACAUCAACAACAGCAGCAGCAACAACAACAUCAACAGUUGCCACAGGCUCCACCCGAUCCGGGGGGACAGCCUUACAAGAAAAUGCGACUGACAGAAACGACGGCAAAUACAGUCAGCAACUCAAACCACCUGCCACCCAAAGUAAUGAACGCCGCGCAACCACAGCCACGUCAAACAUCACCAUCUGCUGCAUCGCUGGCAGUCGCGCAACAGCAACAUCAGCACCAACAGCAGCAACAACAACAGCAGAAGAUCAUAGCUGGGGGUAAUUUUCGUAACAGUGCAUCACAAAUAUUGCACCAGUCUGUUCCACAUUCGCAUUUGACCGUAGUUUCAAGCAGCCACGUGGUUAAUACCCAACCACCGCCCUCAGCGAUGCAACAGUUGAAAGUGGAUACCCAACCACCGAUGUUAACAUCAGCGGGCACACCACCUACUAAUCGCAGUAUUACAAGUACAGUGAUGGGUGGAAGCAGUGGUAUUGGAGGAGUUGGCAUUGGCGGUAGUGUCGGCGUCUUAAAUGCUCUGCCAAACGAAUCCUUUUUGAUAGCAAGUAGUGGCACAGUUGCACCUCCCGUGAAAUCUUCGUCCUCAUCUGAGGGAUACCAUCCGCAAGUUGAAGCCAUCUCACCUACACUGCCAAACGACAACGUCGAGGAGCGUGGCAGCGCCGUCACGGAGGAUCUGCUAACGCAAAUACAGAAGGUGGACGCAGAUAUACAGAGUGCAGAAAAUACGAUGGAGACGUUGCGUAAGCAGGAAAAAGGCCUCAAUGACAAGGCCAUACUGAGCAAACAAAAGCGUGAGCAGGAAAUACUUGCUGCUGAGAACGAUGAUGCAGUAAAAAUGGAGCAUACCUGGAGAUUGCAAACAUUAGCGCAAAAAAUAUACGAGGCGAACCGUAAAACGGCUGCCGCGCAACAUUCCAUACUCAACCAUUGCGGUAACCGCAUCACAUUGCCGUUGUAUAAUCAGCCGUUGGAUGUAGAGCUACUGACGACGUUAAUUAAACGGCAUCAAACGAUAGUGCGCACGCCACUGCUGGAGCACAUAUGUAAACUGAAACAUGAGCGUUGGGAGCACAAUAACGGGUUGGUGGAAACAUAUGCGCAAAUGUCCAGUGAAUGGCAAAAACGCGUCGAAAAGUCGGAAGGCAGUGCGAAGCGAAAGGCACGGGAGGCUAAGAAUCGCGAGUUCUUUGAGAAAGUCUUCACGGAGCUGCGUAAGCAACGUGAGGAUAAGGAGCGAUUCAAUCGCGUUGGUUCACGUAUCAAAUCUGAGGCCGACUUGGAGGAAAUCAUGGACGGUCUGCAAGAGCAGGCCAUGGAGGAUAAAAAGAUGCGUUCAUAUGCCGUCAUACCACCACUGAUGUUUGAUGCUCGCCAACGUCGUUGCGUCUACCACAAUGAAAACGGCUUUAUUGAGGAUAUGGUUGUGGUUCAUAAGGAGCGACAGACACUGAAUGUGUGGACUGCAGGGGAAAAAGAGAUUUUUAAAGAAAAAUUCUUACAACAUCCGAAGAAUUUUGGCGCCAUAGCGGCCAGUUUGGAUCGCAAGUCAGCACAGGAUUGCGUACGCUACUACUACCUCAGCAAGAAAACGGAGAAUUACAAGCAGCUGCUGCGUAAGUCACGGCAACGUACGCGAUCGUCACGAAACCCGCAAAAGGCACAACAGCAACAGACACAGUGCAUUAUUGAUUCACUGACAACAGGCGUAACAACUCGCUUGCAACGUGAACAGCAACAGAAGACAGGCGGGCGUUCGGCUGCAGCGGAGCGAGAACGCGUUGAACGAGCAGAGCGUGCCGCGGAACGCGCAGCAGCGGAUGCUGCAAAAGCUGCAGCAACUGCUCAUGCAAAGUCCACUAAUAAGGGAGACAAUGGUAACAAUGCUACUGCGGCAGCAUCCGAAACCACCAUCGUCGCAGACUCGACUGAAGUAGCCAAAGGCAAGGCGAACGCUACAUCCACUGCAGCUCAAAAAUCUAACAACACGUCCAAUAACAGCAACAGCAUAACUGUAACUACCGCCACGCCAACGGCGUCUACAAAAGCUGGCGAGGUUGAUAAAGCUUCUGAAAGCUCAGCAGCUGGUCAACAUGCAAUAACCGCAACGACAGAUGCCGCACAGAGUGGCACUGCGGCGAAAGCGAAAAGCGACGACACGAAUGCCAGCGAAGCAAAUUCAAAAAGUACAAUUUCAACAUCGGCGCCAGCUACCACAGCCACCAAUGCAAGCAGCAAUGCCUCAAAUGUGGAUGAAAAUAGUAGAAAGUCGCUAGCAGCUUUCGUACCAAUUGCGGCGAAUAGCGAAAUGGAUGUGGAUAGUAAAAAACUGAUGGACGAAAAGAGUGUCGUUGUUCGCAGCAGUGGUAGUGGUACUAAUGUUCCACCAGCGGACACGAACACCUUCAGCGUCACAAAUGUCGUGCCUGGCAUGGUACAUCAUCCGCCUGGUGUCGUUCCGAAUGGCAUCAAAACUAUUUAUGCUACCACAAUGGCUCAGGCGGUGGCUGCAGCUAGCGCCAAUGAAGAUGUCAAAAUGAUUGCUGUGGCCGAUAAGAUCGGCGCAGCAGCAACAGAAGCAACGGUCGCGGCUGUAAACACCUUAGAUGCUGCCAGCGGUAUUAAGGUGAGCGCUGGCAAUAGUGUGGCCACGCCCACUACCUCAACAACCGCUGGCAAUUUUCUUGGGCAAAAACUCAAAGCGGCGCAAGUGGAAGGCGUUGGUGCCGGUAAUGAUGUCAACUCAGAUGUUAGUGAUCCAAAACGGAAGCGUCUCGACGUCACGACGAACGUAGAUGGCUCCGCCAUAAAUUCCUCCUCCUCCUCCACAACUACGAAAAGCAACAGUAACAACACUUCCUCCUCCUCCACACUAACCAACUCCACUACGAAUCUACACGCUCUUAGCGGUAAUCCUGCAAAUAACAAUAACAAUUCUAUGGAUGUUCUAGCUGGAGCUGGCGUGGUGAUAUCCACACCACUCGUCGGUGUUUCGCUCACAACAACAUUGACUACGAAUGUUGUGGCGACGCCGGCUUCCAAUGGCAGCGGUGUGACCCUCAACGCCACACCGGCAACUGCAACAUCAAUAACAUUCACAACGACUGAAGGCAACAAUGCCAUCGACGGCAAAGAUAAAUUGGCUACAUGCUUCGUUUGCAAGGCAGAGGCUUGUCCUCGUACACGUCCUCUUAAAAAGGGUCGCGGCCAACAGUAUGGCAUUCCAGAUGACACAAUACCGGUGGGAGCGCGAGUCUGUAACUCGUGUCAAUGUAAAUCGGUACGUAAUCGUUAUACGAAUUGCCCCAUUCCGACGUGUCCGAAUCCGAAAGAUCGCGCUAAACGUCUACACAACAUUCCGGCACGUUUGUUCGAUUUGGCGUCCGAUAUACGAGAUCCCAUCUUUCAAGAGUUCCAAAUACCACCGCAGGCAACACGUUGUUGUUCGGCUUGUCUAAUGCGUAUACGGCGUAAAUUGGAUCUUGAUCCGCAAAUAAACCUUACAGACGAAGACCGUCGAAUGGAUGGUGAUGAAUCUGAUGUAAGUACUUCGUCGUGCGAUGAACGGGAAGUUGGUGGAAGUGAUACUGCUUCUGUGGAGAGCCCAGAAUCACAACGACAUAACUCGAUGACAAAGGAUGUACAAAAGCCACAGACGCCGACUGCAGCUAGUGUUGCCACUAAUGCGGCGGAUACUACAACCGUAACUAUAACAUCUGCUGGGAUUAAAGCCGAUGAACGUUUGCUACCACCACUGGGACAAGCGCCAAAAAAGCAGAAGACAUCCGAAGAGUAUGAUUCGUCAGCUACUGAGACUGCAGACGAGGAAAACGAGAAUUCGCCAGCGAACCGUCAAAGUCCCAAAGUAAUAUUAAAUAGCAGUGGGUUGGGUAGUCAAGGCAACGUUGGACUCGCACCGCCAAUAGCAAAUGCCCAACAAAUUCACGCUGUUCAACUGAACGGACCACCACAGCCGGUCAUGGGAAUGCCUCCACGCGAACAAACUGGUGCGAAUGUGCAAGAUGUUUUAUAUUCAGUAAUCGAGCUGUCGCUUAAAACCAAAGGCCCGCCACCAGUGAAAAUGCCUACACAAAUCCCGAAUGCGGCGCCUAUGCAUAGCGUGAAACCGAUUAUGGAACCCAUACGCAGUCGGGGAGAUCUCAGUAAUAAUAAUAAUAACAAUUCUAAUAAUGAUGUUACAAUAGUUGGCGAAUUCCGUAAUGAAGGAGCUAUAGUAAAGCAGCAAGCUCAUGGGCAACCAAUAGGUCUGAAUGCACGUCAAUCAAAUGCAUCGACUUCAAAUGCUGGGCAGGGUCCACCGGGUAGCCAAGGCCCUCCUAGUGGCAUUAUGCACCCCGAAAAUUUAGCAACAAUAUCUGUUGUAAACUCUCAUUUGUCUCACCAACAUCUUCCACCACAUGGUAUGUUACAUCAACAUGAAAUCAAGGCCACUAUAACACCGGUGGUGAAAUCUGGAAAGACUCUAUCCUCAACACAACAGCAGCCACCAGAUGCAAUUCGAUAUGCAAUGUCCAGCGUUGGUGCUCAACAACUUCGGAACAACGAACCAGAACCUCAGACUCUUGACCUCUCAAUAAAGAAACCUGCUCGAGAUGGUCCAUCACCUCAUACAUUGAACAGCGGUACCAGUUCUUUGAGCACUGAUAAUGGGCCUCGCCAUCAACCACCACCAGGUGCUGUUAAGCAUGUCGGCAACGCGGCAUCCAUAUAUCGUGGCCCAGAUCUAGGCCCUUCAAAUCCAACGUAUUUAUAUCAUCCACAUCCGGCAACAGUGGGUAAGGGACCACAUGGUUCCGUCUACAUGCCUCAAGUACCUGGUCCCAUAACACAAGGUGUCGUGAGCGCACGAUCUCAAGCGGGCGGCGGACAACCGCCACCGCAACAGCCGCCUCUGUCCACGCACCAGACCCACAUGCAGUUACCAUCGGGAGUAGUAGGUAAUAGUAGCAAAGGGGGUGGUAAAAUGGCGCCCAAAUUAAGUCCCCAGCUGAUACAUGGUCCAUCUUCCCACACAACAACAGCAUCACCAUCACAACAACAGCAACAACAACAAAUAAUGGUUGGUCCGAAAGGUUCCAUUACACAUGGUACGCCAGUUAAUAGUGCCCAACAAAUUAUAGUACAUCCUUCGCCUGCGACGCUGAGCCCUAAGUUUGAGAGUAUAUUGAGACAGACUCCUCCUUCUGGUGUCGAUGCAAACAAUAAAAUUGGCUCUAUAACCCAGGGCACACCUAUUCACUUGCCUUCACAUCACAUGGAGAGCAAACGUUCAUACGAAUAUUAUAAAACUUCGCAGCGUCAAAGUCCAGCACAACAACAGCAAAUUCCAGUGGUUGGCCAUCCCGGUGUGUUGCCACCUCCGCAGCAGUCAUCGCCACAAGCACCACAGCCGCAGGGCUAUGGUGGCAGCUCGCCUUAUGCGCGUUCACCAUAUUCCGUUGACCAGUCGUCAGUACUGAGCACUCGUCAGAUAGUGUUGCAUGACUAUAUAACGUCACAACAAAUGCAGGGUCAACAGCGAAACGUAUCACGUGGCAGCAGUAACAGUGCCGGUGGAGGAGGUGGUGGCUCGGACAAAGAGUCUCCAUCGCCUCGCAAUAGUGUUAGUGGUCCAGCCAGCGCACUGGUAUUCUACGACAAGGACCGUGGAAGAACUGAGUACUCAAGUCGUGCCUCACCCGCUGAACAUGUGAACAGCACUCCCAGCCCUCAUCGCACACCGCCUCCCCCACGACAAGGUGUAAUACAACGCCAUAAUACUGGUUCAAAGCCACCCUCACCUGCAACAAUGCCUCAAAGCCGUUUACAUGUGAUGCCACAUAACUAUCCGCCAGCUGGCCAUGAUGCAUUUUCCUCGUUUGUGGAUGUUGCCGUACAACAGCCACAAUUACCAGUGCCAUCACAACAGAAGGAGGAGAAACAACUGCGACAUGAAGCGCCACAGCCACCACCUCAUCAACAACAUUCGUCUCCGAACCAACCGCCUCCCACUCAACAGGAAAUACGGUACCAAAUGAUGCAGUUGAGCUAUCAUCAGCAGCAACGCGCAGCGGCUCAACAGCAUCACCAAUAUCGCCAACAACAGGCUGCGGCGAGCGUUGCUGCUAAUGCUGAUCUCCAGCGUAGGAUACAUGCUAUCGAGCGGGAUCGUGAUUUACAGCAGAAACGCGACCGUGAGCGUGAAAAAGAACGUGAACAGAGAGAACGUGAGAGGGAACGCGACCGUGAUCGUGAACGAGAACGGGAACGCAUGGCGGAAUGCAUUGCUGCAAACGAGCGCGAUGCAGCGGGUCGACGCAUGACAGAGCGCAUGAGUGCAGUUGCAGCGGCUCAGCAUUAUAUGCGAGGGGGUCCCGAAACCGGACCACCGCGUGCUAUACCGGAUCGAGAAAGAGAUAUAUAUCAUAGGACACCACAGGACAGUACAUUGUCAGCACAGGUCUUAAUCGAUGCAAUCAUAAAGCAAUCGAUCAUACAGGGCAGCUCGGAACCGAAUCCAGCCAAUAUGAAUCGAGCAUCAUAUUAUAAUUCGCGUGAAUUGCCUCCAUCAGUACGGCAACAUCCUGGUGCUACCUCACUGGCCGCAGCAGAGAAUAAUGGCAAGGCGAACUCGCCGAGUGUCAUCAACAUCGAUUUGGACAACGAUCGUGGCAGCAGUAGUAGUAAUCAACAUGAAUCGCCAAGUGUUAGUGUAGUGAAUUCGCGUGGUAGUAAUGUUUCUCAUAUAAACCGUGGCGGUCUUCAGAGUGGUGGUCCCUCUGGUAGUUUAUCUACUCAACCAGGUGUUUCAUUAUUGCCCCCAACAUCCCAAGCACAGGUCCAGGCACAAAAGCAGCCGCAAAUACUGAAGACGAAUAUCACAUUCGGCGAGUUGGCGGAUUCUAUUAUAGCGAAUGAUUAUUGUCCGAACCCGAUGCAGUUAAGACCACAUGUUAACUAUAUGCCCUACCUUCAGGAACAGCAACCGAUGGUGAUGACUGAACAUUGGACAAAAUAUAAUAGACGGCUGCAGCAGAAAGAAGCAGAAGCGGCCGCUGUGGCCGCGGUUACCGAACGAAAUAAGGCAGCUACCACACAAAACAACAGUAGUGGAGUCACGGUCAGCACCAGUGGUGCUUCUGGUCUUCAAGGUAAUAGUGGCAUGUCGGCGACCGGCAGUGGCCGUUCCAAUACACCAGCUGAUGAGCGCAACAUUAUUCGAAUGCAGCAAACUGUGAGUCCACGGAAAUAUGAUCUGAUGAUGAAGCCACCACAUGAUCAGAAUGCAGCUGCAGUUGCUGCCAGUCAUUAUUACCACUCGCAUGGUCCAACCCCACCGUCUAGCGUAGCACCACCUAUGAGUAUGCACGCACGUAGCAGUAGCGCGGGUAGCGGUGGUUCGUCGUCGAUACCAUCACCUCAUGAUCAACGUAUGACAGGGGGCAAUAGUGGUAGUGGAAGUGGUGUUGGUAUUAUCCCAUCUAGCGGUUCAGUGACACAAAAUCAUCCAUUCGACACAAUGAAUUAUGUAAAAAAUCGCAUUGUGGAAGUGAUGCGCACCGAGGAUGAAGAAAUGCAGCAUCAGCAUGCGCACAACGAUCAUCGCGGAGGCAAGGACCUGCACGAUGGCCCAGUUAGUAACACAAUGCGCAAAACACCCAAUCAGUACGAUGAUGGGCGCGAUAAUAGACGAGUGUCGACAGUAUCCUCCAGUGGUAAUAGCGCUGGUAGUGGUAACAUCAACAACGAUACACAUCACAGCAUAGUAUCUUCGCAGCCGCCACCAUUAGGUGCGUAUCAGCCUCAACCGCCGGUCACAACAUUUGCCCCAACGACGUACGCAUAUCCGUACAGCGCGCUUAAUGUUCCGAGUUCAGUAGCGACUUUAGCACCUCCUUCACAAAUGACAACAUCGCAAUUAUCAUCGUUGGGACAUCAGGUACCAACAUCACACAUUGGCAAACAAACAUCCAGCCAUUCGAUAGGUAUCACUGGCAGUGGAGGUGUUGCCAUGACAGUUUCUAGCGGCGCCGCAGCAUCAGGUGGUGCGCCAGUGGUUGAGCCGAAGCCGCUGUUGUCGGCGCAAUAUGAAGCACUCAGCGACGAAGAUUAGUUGUGACUGCAGGCGUCUGGAAGAACGCCACAACAACAACCGAUACAGAAACAUCAGCAGCAGCAACCACCUGCUCCACAAAUUUGGCAUUGUGAACACGAACGCAUACGACAGCAGCAACAACACUUGCAACAACAACAUUACCAGUUGCAAAAUAAUUACAACAAGAGCAAUUGCAAUAAUGGUAACAGCAACAACAACCACUAUUACUAAGUGAAAAACCUACUGAGUGAGAGUGUGCAAGAGAUAUAUUGUGAGAAAAAUGUAAUGUACUAUAUAUGUAUGCAGCUAAGAUUCUGCCGUCUGCCCAGGUCCACGCUACAUUGUCAUCCAACUUCAAUUUGCAUUAAAAACUAAGCGCCGUAACUGAUGUAAUACCAGUUGUCUUGGCAUAAUUCAAUUUAAUAGUCCAGUAAUCGCCUGCAGGAAAAAAUUUGAAAUUAUAGAAUUAAAUAGCCUUUACCAGUAUAUUUUAAUUUUAUACAGACGGUACAUUACGGUUAAUGGGCAACAGUAAUUGUAAACGUUUAGCAGUUUUAGGCAGUUGUAACUCCGAAGUAUAAGAACUAAAAUAGAAAGCAAAUAUUUUUGUUUUGAAAUUUCUUAAACCGUUCCAACAUAAAAAUAAUAGCAAAGUUUCAAGGAAUACUUUUGCACAAGCACCAAAUUUUCAAGAGCUCACAAACUUUGUAUUAUAAAAAUAAUUUGUAUACCGUAGCAUUCCGUUAUAUGGGUGUAUGUACAUACACCCAUGAACAUGAGCCUGAAAUUUUAACAAACCAAUGCAAAUUCACUAAACGAUAUAUAAAUAUAUAAAUGUGAAAAUUAAACUAAACACGUAACAACUGUAUAAAUUUAUGGAUUAAAAAGGAGCUGGUUAAAUGAACACGAAAGUUAAGUACAAUUCUUUACAGUCAUGAAAUGACGCAACUUGGAAAUAUUUAAUUAAUUGGAUUUUUUAUUUUUUUAUUUAUUUUAUGUGAGUAGCGAAUUGUAAUCCCUUUUAUUUUCUUUUGAUACUGCAAAUGUCAUUAUAAAUAGAACAAAAAUUAAAAAACAACAUCGAAAUGAAUUCACAGUUUUGAGAGUAAUACGAACAAUCAAAUUGUUUUACGGUUCAAAUACACAUAAGUUCGCUGUUACCAAAAAUCACGCUUUACUUUGGUUUAUUUAGUAGAUAUUUUGUUACGUAUGGUAAUAUUAAUCGUUUACAAAAUAUUUUUAGUGUACUUCUUUAACCAGCUCUAAUAAAUUUGGAAUCCUGUGAAAAUGCUUAACGUUAGAAAGCACGGCAAAUUGAAAUGCAAUAAUACAAUCAACGCUCUAAACUCACCACAUACAAAUCAUCAGAAUACAAAUCAGUUUUGAUGGUAACGAUGUUUAAAAACAAAUCAUUAUUUUUAGCACUCUUAAUUUUUUAUGUUGACGUUUUUUUGCUUAUUUUCGAAAAAAAAAAUAUUGUGAUCUGGCAUGGAAUAAAGAGGGCGAAUUACAAAUUGUAAGACUCAUUAGAUAAAAGUGAAGAAUCAAUCAUUAAAUAGCUUUAGCUCAAAAUUAAUGUGCAUUUUGUUUAUAAAUAUGUUCAGUCAAGACUAAUUUAUGCUAUUUUCGACAUAACAUUGACAGUAUGUGAGAUGAAAAAACUAUUUAUAAAAACGCUAAGACUUAUGCAACAAAACAAACAAAUAGAGUAAAGAAAUAUAAAAAUAGAAUGCAAAAACUGCUGAUUAAAUAAAAAGAACGAGUUACAGUUAUAAGCCUGAUUUAAGAAUAAAGUAUAACUAACUUAUUUAAAUGAGAACAAAUGGUUUUGAGUAAAAGCACGUUGCUGUGGUUGCGCGGAGUUAAAAAUAUAUACAUACAUAUAUAUAUAUAUAUAUAAACCAUUUAAGCUUUUCUAUUCUACAAUAUAUUUAAAUAAAAGAAAAAUUAUACAAAUGUAAAUCUAAUUUAAAUUAUGUAAACAUGAAAAUGAAGAUAUAUAUUUGUAUAUAUAAAUUUAUAAAAAAAUAACAAUGAGAGACGACGAAACGCUUAAGUUUUUGCUAUUCAUACAAAACAAAAAAGAGAAUACAAUAAAUAAUUAUAUUUAAAAUUUACAUAUACUACUUAGUUAAAGAAAAUAUAAUGAGUGUUGCAUAAAGCAUGAUUGUAAAGAAUUCAAAAAUUUGAAAUAAAGUCGGAAAUUGACCACGUGAAGUAAAGAAUUUAUGAAUCAAAUUAGUAGUCAGAAAGAGUGAGAGGGAGAAAAAAGCUGUGAAAGUUGAAAUUUUUGACUCAUAUAUUUAGUUUACGGAGGAGCAAACAAAGCGAAAGUGAAAUAAGAAAAAAAAGUUGGAGGAGGAAGGAAAUUGUGAAUAUAAAUAUGUGUCUGUUAUCUUGAAAUUCACAAAAAUGAGUUUCCAGCAGAACUGCAUAAAAUAUAGCCAAUCACGUUAGGGUAUGGCAAAAAAUGGAAAAAAAGUUUGAGGAAUAUUACAAUAAUAAAAUGAAAAUAAAAAAGUUUUGUGACUAAAUUAUAUUUAGUUUGUAAUUAUGCCUUAAGUUGUAAGCUUACGGAAAUAUGCUGAAUAUAAUACAAGUAAAGCAGCGUGUAAAAGAAAAUAAAAAAAAUAACAAAGAAAUGUGAAUGAUGAAAAUAUACAUUAAAUUCAAAAUUGGUAAGAGUAUAAAUAAUAAUUAUAAAAUGAUGUAUCGUUAUUAUAAACACAGUAAAGUAAAGGUAUAUAAAUAUUAUUAACAAAAAAAUAAACCAUAAAUAAAUUGUGUAACAAAAAUCAUAUGGGUAAAAUAUAACUAAAAAAUGAACACAAUUAAUGAAACCUAUAAAUAUAUAAAAAAAAAUAUUUACAAAGAUUAAGAAAUACACACCCUUCUUACACAAAAAUCACCAAUUUCUAAAAAGGCAAAAUAAAAUUAGCCACUAGUUAUUUAGUUUAUAAACAAAAACACUAUAAAAAUCAUAACUGGCGUAAAAUGUUAGCAUUACAAAUACACAUUCAUCAAUAUACCCCAGGCCCGCCCAUACCACAUCUCAUGUAAUAAUUAAAACCAAUCUGUAAAAAACCUAUUAAUGAAAAUAGUGUGAACUGAAAUUUUUGAAAAAUGUUAAGUUUUUACGCUAAUAUAAUUACUAUAGUAUACUAUAAUUAGUUUUCCUUAAUCUUACUUUCAUGCAAUUUGCAAAAAUUCAAAGUAACGGUGGCUUAUUAAAGAAAAAUUGGUUAAUUUAAAAAUAUGUAAAACGAAAAAGGAAUUUAAUUUUUUUUCAUUUGUUAAAUCAAUAUACCUACAUCUUUGCAGGCAGUGAGUAAAAUGCAAAAUUGUCACUGAUUAUUUACAUAUUUAUUGCUGCCAAUGGGGGAUUGUAAAUCAUAACAUAGAGCCAUAUAUUUAGGUGAGCACUAAAACAAUUAUUUUUAUUUCUUUUUUAAUCUAUUGGUUGUUCAUGAAAGUGAAUUAUAAAUUAUCUAUUGCAUUUCUUACAGCAAAUUGCGAUCGUCUUUUAAAUUAUUCAUUGUUAAAUUUAUAUCCCUUAAUUCAAAGUAAUCAAGGCAUGGAAAAUAAUUUAAAAACAUUUCAAAAUACUUUGUACAAUAAUGAACAACACAAUGAAGACAUGCAAUUGGGAAAACCCGGUUUACUUUUGUCUUUUUACAAAAUAAUUUAAUUAUUUUUUAUUUGUGUAUCUAAGGUUUAACAUUAUAUAUAAAGUACAUAUGUAUAAAUAUUACAUGUAUAUGUGUAGGUAUAUGGAAGAAUGUUAGUAUUUAAUUGCAACAGAAAACUUGCGUUGAGUUUUGUUUUCUUUAUUUUUUGUACCAAUUACAAACAUACAUAUUUAAUUAUAACUAAAAUGUAAAAUUAGAAACAAAAAUAAAUAUAAACCUCUAAAAAAUUUAAUUAUUAUGUAUGAUUAUAUAUUAAAUGUUAAAACGUUCUUAAAUGUAAAACCUAUAUUAAACAUAAUUAAUUUACUAUGAUUAAUUUUGUAAUUUAUUUUAAAUCGAUUAAAUUUAGUUAGCAAUUGUGUGAAUUAUUAAAAGAUUAAAUUUUUAUUUUUAAAUUAAUAAUUAUAAUUAUCAUUUUGCUUUUUAUUUUAUAAUUGAUUAAAAACAGCAAAAAAAAAAAUAUAUGGAAACAAAAAAAAUAAAACAAUGAAAUGAUAAUUUUUAAUGCUAAAAUAUAAAAUAAAUAAAUGAACAUAUUAAAAAUAAAAACAAAAUACGGUGUUAUAUUAAGUAAAUUCAGCCUUUUAUUUCUUUCGAUUUAAUUGUACAUGUUUUUCUACUUCUGUUUUUUGUGUCCUUUAAAAAUGUGUAAUUUUCUGUCCUUAUUCAUUUCGGGAAACUAUUUUCUCCACGUAGCCCCUACAAGUUUUUAUAAAGACUUUGCAUAUGUUCACCGUUGUAAGUUUAAUCUUGUUUUUAAAUAGGUGCCAGUGAUUAAAGCUUUGGUUAAUUUAAUUAGGAAUGAUUGAUAUUCUUACAAUUUAAGAGCAGUGGUUCUGCAAUCGAUUUUCAAUUUUGGAAUCUGAACAGUCUAAAGUGAGUUGAAGGCAAGCAAGAGUUGGCUGUUUGCUUCCUAAUGCAGAAUAUUGUCUCUUGUGUGCGCUGAAUUUUGCUUUAUGCAAAUAUUUUAACAGUAAUUUUUUUUUAAAUUACAUUUUAUCAUAUAAUUGUGGAAUGACUUCUUAGUUAAAUACGAAAAGGAGACACCCACUACAUCUAGUAAAUAAAAGACUUAUUUAUUCAAAAUUGAGUGUUGUCAGAAAAACUUUUGUUUGUCUUUUGGCAGACAUAAAUUCAUACAUAAAGAAUGAGGGUGUUUUCCGUAAUGUAAACUGUUCGAAAAAACAAAUCUGACAUCUUUGCUAAAAUUAAAAGGUCGAAAGAGCAUCACUGACGCAGCUAUUGCGCAAAAUAUAACAACAAAACCCACUUGUCUAGCUAAUGUGUCAUUAUAAGUGAUUUAUGUUAAAUAAAACUAUAUUAUAUUUGUUGAUUCUUUAUAUAUUAAUUUUAUUAUAUUUUACUAUAUUUUAUAUUAAUGAGAUUGCGUCAGUUAUUUUUGGAAUAACCCGUUUACUUUAAAGCUAUUCGAAAUUAAUAAAUUUCUUUUUUCCACGAUCAUUUUUACUAUCUAACUUGUCUGUGAGAGUAUUAAUAAAACAUAUUGUUCACAUGCGCAGUUUUUAGUAGUUCCAUGCAAGGACAUCAGCCAUCAUAAAAUCUACAUUGCAAACUUCGCAGUGUUACCAGUAUUAACCGCAAAAGCCCGGACUUAUGGACAAGAUUAUAGCAAAUUAUACGUAAACAUUGUUAGAAUGCAAUUACCAAAAUUAUUUCAGCACUAUCAUAUUAAUUUUCUGAAUAAGAUUGUAAUAUUUUAAGUUCGAAAAAAGAUGGUAACACAAAGAUUGAAACGUAAGGUCCUAUAGAGGGUUGGGGAUAUUUAUGUUUAUUAAAAAAUACUUAAAUACGUUAAUUUUAAUUUUAAAAAUUCAUUGAUUAUUAUAUUACAUGUAUGUAUACGUACAUAUAUACGUGACAUAUAUACAAGCACAAGCUACUUACGUAUGUAUGUCUCUGUUACAAUAUAAAGAAAUCAAAUUUUAUCGCAUUUCUUAAAAAGUACGCGUUUCUUUUAUUACUAUUUAUCACUUAACUUCAUCACAAGUGUUUAUUAAAACCCAUUAAAAGACUAAAACAGAAUAUAAAAAUCGUAUAUAUUUACGCCAAAUUAUAUAUUAUAACCUAUUUUGAAUAUGUACUGUGUAUGUAUUUCUUUCUGUCACUUAUUAGUUAAUGAAUAAACUGUAUAAAAUUUCUCUGUUUGUGUGCGCAUGCAUACAUUCACAGUUACAUUAAUCCAAAUGCCCAUACAAAAAAGUGUAUAUGUGAAGAAGUAAUGAUAAAAAUAUUAUUGUAUAAAAUUAUAAUAUAUAUUGAAUUUAUUAUAACUAACUAGAUUAUAUAAAAUUAAUUAAUGUAAAACAUUUAAUUAUAAAUGAGAAAUGUAAGAUAAUACCAUCACAAUGAAGUUUGCAAAUGUGUGAUGUCUUAACACAAUAAAACUAAUGAUUCCAAACUAAACUUAUUACCAAAACAACAAUAUAGACAACCAGGAUGAAAGCGAAAUUUAAAUGAGAAUAAAUUUAGAAAAUAAAUUAAAAGGAAAAAUAAUUACAAAAAUAAAAACAUAUACGUUUUUUUACUUUA